AUGCCAAUUAUCUCUAGAAACAAACGUCUCACUGGAAUCUUCGACCAAGAUGCCAGAGCUCGACUCACCGUCACCAAUAGCCAGAAACUCACAUCCUUUAACACCGGAAGUGUUUAUUCCAGCGAUAGCGACGGCGACUCCCUCUCCCUAUCUGACCUCGUGCAUAGCUUCCUCGAAGAACAUACCAACGGUAAUAAUGAUGACUCGGCACCUAACGAGUUGGACUCGGACCGAGUCGACUCAUUCGCCGACUCGUCUGAUUUGAAACGUUUAAACGCUGUGUUCAUGAAAAAUGCUGACUGUUACAGGAACAUGCUUCUCGAGCACGUUACGGAGGCUUCCGAAAACUUCUCGUUUUUGAAAGAGCAAAACGUUUCGAUUUUCCGGCAAAGCGUGGCGGCGUUUCUGAGAGAGAAAGGACACGACGCGGCGGUUUGCGUAACCGCGUGGGACAUUUCCUCCGUCGGCGGUGCAACCGCCAGUAACCACGAGUUUAUUGACGUGGUGAAAAUUGGAUCCGCCACGUGGCGGUAUUUUGUGGACCUCGAAUUUCGUGCUCAAUUCGAGAUUGCUAGACCGACGCCGCAGUUCUCGGAGGUUUUGAGCUCCGUUCCCGAUGUUUUCGUCGGAGGUGAGAAGGAGCUGAAACGCACCGUUUUGAUUGUGUGCGAUGCGGCAAAGAAGUGCUUUAGGAGUAGAGCGCUUUCGAUUCCACCGUGGAGAAAAAACCGGUUCAUGCAGAAUAAGUGGUUCGCGCCGUGUAGACGAACCGUUUAUACGGUUCAGGGAAAACCGGUGAGAGUAACGGCAGUGAACGGUGUUAGUUGUAGGUUGCUGGGUUUUGAUGACGUGGUUAAGGAAACUAGACGGGGUGGUUCCAUUACUGUUCGUACGAGAUGA